GCUCGGCAUACCGAAUGCUCUUGGGCCACAGCGGGGAGAGGCUAGGCUUUGACGGACCCACCCCGUCGGUAGGGUAUGGGGGAUAAAGAACCGUCGGCGGCACCCAGCAUACGGAAUGAUACAGGGCGUGACUGAAUCCACGGCUCCUCGCGUUGCCAUUGCUUUAUGUCCUCUUUUGAUCACCCAGCGUCACCAUCUCGCAGUCUAUAAGUACCUGUCCGUUCUACCCACACUGUCCUUAUCAUCAUCCGAGUCUUGCUGCGUUCACCCUCAGCCACCCCUGUAUAGCAUCCUCGACAUCUCUUUCGUCGACUUUGGUCUAUCCGAGCAUUCUUCCCUCAGCAUCAUUACCAUGUCUUCGCCAUGGUCUCAGCGUCUUAGAGAGCAUUGCAAUGUCCGCCGCUUGGGAGAGCCGAGCUGGCAGGAUGUAUCCGAUCGUCGAGGAGGCCGAACCGCAUGGUCCAGCAUCGUGGUGAUUCAAGGCAGCCAUUACACGGCGCGCUUUUGGUACGACGGUAACUACAUGGAACAAGCACGGGAGGAUGCCGCGGAAAUAGCUCUACGUAACCUCACCGGAUAUGUCAACACCACGCAAGACCCGCCGCCAGCGAGUCAGUACGCUCAGGCCUAGUGCUACACGAAGAGGACUGAAUACUGCUGGAGCUUCGCCGCGCAAAAUCAGGUGUUUUGUGGGCUCAGGGAAAGGGCGGCAUUUUUUUGUUUCAAGACAUUACAUCUGGUAUCAUGGGAAUCUAGGACUCUUGCGGGGCCACGGGAGGCAUUUGUGUUCGACUUCGAUUUUUGGGGCCUCUCUUCUAGUCUCUCUUUGAUCCCUCUUUGAGCCUUCUUCACCUUUUCCUUUUGACCAUCCCCGGUCCUAGCGCAAGC